AGAAAUGGAGGCACAAAAGGUAAAAGAUCAUGGGUUGAGAUAAAAAUGUACUUGAAGAAGCAAUGAAACAAAAAACAAACAGUAACAUGAACAAUAUUAAUAACAGUGUGUACAAGAGAGGUGAUUGAUUCACAUGUGAAUUCUUACCACAUGGAAUAUGACCAGAAAGGACUCCUGUCCCUCAUGCUUGAUGUGAGGUGAUAUAGAAUGACCUCAGGGUCCUAGCUAUGCCCCUCCUUGCUACUGCAAAUAUCAACCCUCUGCUGGCCAGAACCAGGACACAGGGAGUAAGGAACAAGUUACAGACAAUGAUGUUCAUAUAUAUAGCUGAGAUAAAUAUACUACCCACCAAUGAGCUCAGUUAUGCUACUUCCACUGUGGCUCAGUCAGGGGUUUUUUACCAUGGUAGGAAUAAAUUCAGAUUGUGCUGCUUUUAGAUUUAAGUGCAUCUAUUCCAUAAGGUUUUGUCAGUACGUUUUAUUUCAGGUUAUAAGAAAUAGUCCAGGAAUAUCCCAGUUUCAGAUCUCAGUCCUCUACUUGGUGUUCUGUGUGCUCUCUCUUCCAGGUCAUUGUGCUUCUUGAUGUGCUAGGAAGACAAGGCAGGGAUGAAAUUCCUCACUUUGUACCCUUGGUUGUGGACCAGCAUCUGCCAACUUGAAAUCCAUAGUACAACUUGAUGUGUGAGCCUGGGGCUCACACAACUGGGCUAACCUUCAGCCUGUGCUGUACUUUUUGGCACUCAAGGGCCAUGUUUUGUGUUCUGAGCUGGCACAAUGUCUACCUUGUCCAUAAUACCAAGCAUCACAGUGUUCCCGAACUGCUGCUGGUGUGGUCACAUUUCUCUUCACCCAGGCAGACAACCCAGCGUUGGAAAGCUAGGGCAGAGUUAAUUAUUCCCACUCGUGUGCCCUCAGCUGUCUGGCUUGUGCCGCUGACACCCUCCACUGCUCUCCAAAGUGCCUAGGAUGGUUGGGAGUGUCUUUAAAAGCACAUGAGUUGUUCCUUCCACACAGCUCUGCAGUCUGCCUGGCAUGAUGAUAAAGAUGUGCUGGGCUGGGUGGCUCUCACUCCCCACCUCUGUAAAGCCCUUCCUACGCACAGAUGUAUGAAGAGGGCCCUGCUACCCUGGCAGGUGGGCUUCGUUUUUGCCCCUUAGUAUUAGAUGGGAUUCUAACCGAAGGGGAAAUCCCACACUUUGCCCGCAGCAGGUUGCUCCAGGCUGACCGGGGCUGCCCUCGGGCCUUCCUCCGGCGCGGUGCUCCCGCCCAGGGCGGUGCGUGCCCGCCGGGGUUUGCCUCGCUUAGCAACGCCUGCCGGGCCGCAGGCAGCUCCGCCGGAGGCCGCCGGCCCCUCCACCGGGCUCCAGCCGGGCAGGGGCUCCCGCCGCACGCUGCCAUGAAGGUGGUGGCCCUGGGGCCGGGCGCUCUCCUCUCCAGGCUGCGCCGCGCCCUGCAGGCCUCCAGCCCGCGACCCCCGUCCAGCGGCGGCCGCGCCGCGGACAAGGAGCCCGGGGAGCGGGCGGCGGCCAGAGGGCUGCUCAUCGCCCUGCCCGGCAUCGGCGAGGAGGCGGCGGCCGAGGGCGGCGAGGCGGCCGGCAUCCCACGGAGCCCCGCUCUCUUCCAGGUGCUGCUCACCACACAUACCACAGUGCAAACUCCAGAGAGAAGUCAGACCCACGUUACUGGAGUCACAGGACCAGUACCGCCCCUGAUGCCGAACCAGACCCAACAGGACCACCUGCCACCUCUUCUACGUAGAUAACAAUUGAGAGACCAAGAGACCUAUCCCUAGUUAAAUUGUUAUCGAGUGUGUCUUAAUUCCUGAUAAAAAACCCAAGUUUGAAGGCACCCCUCCCACAUCUGCUCAGUCUCCCGCUGGGCAAUUCCCCUAGAGAACUCCUAAAUUUCUUUGAGCAGUGUCUACUGAGAGGAUACACAGUAGGAAGCUGCAAGUUGAUGCGGGCUACAGCCCGAUCAAAGAAAUAGAGGAGGGAUUUGUUAUGAACGAAAAAAAAAAAAAAAACCAAAAAAAAAACCAACACAACCACCCCACAACUGACCCUCUCCUGGCUAGAGUAACACCCCCCACACCCCAGACAAUCUGAGCAGGGAGAGCUGCCCUGAAGGAAAGUUGCCUGGCAACUUUUCCCUACCUAAUUGAAAUGUGAAAAGAAGCUGCCCACACCUAGAUAGCCCUAUUGUCCUUUGUAACUACCUCAUUUAGCAAGAGUAACUUCGGCUAUGACCAGGACAAAUGCAUAUGCAUUUGGAUAUGCAGAUAGGGCAGGGCCGCCCCCGUGGAUCCUGGGAGGUUUUUUUGGGGGAUACUGCACCCCGGGACAGGAAGCUGGAUUCGUCAGAAGAGAAUGGGAUAGUGCCCUGGCUGAGCGGGGAGUGGAUGCACCUCCUGGCCUGGUUUGAAGAUUGGCCAUGACCUGUGAGGAGCCUGAAUGGAAUGGGAACUGGCCAGCUGAGCUGACUGAUGUAGAGAAUGGGAAACUCUUGAAACUUUUCCCUGAGGGCAAAGAGCUGACUGCCAGUGCUCUGCCUUCUGAUGGUUGACCAGAGAGAACUGCCAGCUGUUUCUAUGGGAACAAGGACUCAGCAUCCACUGGGACAGCACCUGCUCCUUCAGAUGGCUGCAGUAGUGUGGAAAACUCUGAUCGGACUUUGCAAUCCUGCUGAUGAUUUUAAUAAUGAGCUAAUCACUUUAAUAAAGAGCUGAAUAUUAAUAAAGGCAUAUGCCCUGUUCUUUUCACUUGGAGUUAAUGAAUAACACUUUAGAAAAAGCCAGGAUGCUUUUUUUUCUCUCUCCCUUUAAUCACCUGAAUUUGUGUAGUUUUUGUCCAAUAUGGUGAAAGGGUGCAGAUUGCUUUUUAGGCAGUUUACCCUCCCUUCUCUCUAUUAACCGUUGUCAGAAGUAAGACAUUAAAAAGUCACGCCCAUAUGCUUGUGCGGGAGAAUGUAGGUAUGGACUCCCUGUUCCCAUGGGGUUUUCUUAGGAGAGCUUUAGAAACUGGUGUGUUUUCUGCUGGUUGGAGCUAGGCUGCCGAGGCUCAGCGAGAUUGCCUUAGGGAGACGUAUGAAAGUUUGCUUUGUAGUUGUGGACAGUGUAAAAAGCUAUUUGUAUUUCACGUAUAAAAGGAUAUAGGGGUAGCUGUUUUUAAAUGCCUAGAACAGUAGGCAUUGCAGUUGCUUGUUUAUUGCAUGUGAGGGUUUUUGUGUACAUGCUAAGAUUGUGACCGAUGUAGCUCAUUGAUGUUUGAAAUGAUUGCUACACUUUUAGGUUAGAUUGUUAGUUUAAAUAUGAAAUAAUAAUACAGCGUUUGUGAAAGCAGGCAAUGCGUUGCAAAGAGUUUUUUUUCUGUUGAUUGAGUUUUUUGAAGCGUGUGACCAGUAGAGUCCGAGUUAAAAUUGCUUCUUAAUUGAACUAGCUAUGAUUUUUUUCUGAUUCUCUGUAAUCUUCUUUUUUUGUGUGUUUGCUUGAAAGAAACAGGGAAGAGUUUUUUAUAUAUAGCUGAUUUCUUAAAAGGGAUAGUUGAUUCCUUUAGUAUGGUGUCUUUUUGUCUAUCCCUGGGUUUGGAGGGUACAAGUCUUAGAAUUGUUCUAGUGCUUGUGUUAUGAACGGAAAAAAAAAAAAAAAAAAAAAACAAACCAAAACAACCACCCCACAACUGACCCUCUCCUGGCUAGAGUAACACCCCCCACACCCCAGACAAUCUGAGCAGGGAGAGCUGCCCUGAAGGAAAGUUGCCUGGCAACUUUUCCCUACCUAAUUGAAAUGUGAAAAGAAGCUGCCCACACCUAGAUAGCCCUAUUGUCCUUUGUAACUACCUCAUUUAGCAAGAGUAACUUCGGCUAUGACCAGGACAAAUGCAUAUGCAUUUGGAUAUGCAGAUAGGGCAGGGCCGCCCCCGUGGAUCCUGGGAGGUUUUUUUGGGGGAUACUGCACCCCGGGACAGGAAGCUGGAUUCGUCAGAAGAGAAUUGGAUAGUGCCCUGGCUGAGCGGGGAGUGGGUGCACCUCCUGGCCUGGUUUGAAGAUUGGCCAUGACCUGUGAGGAGCCUGAAUGGAAUGGGAACCGGCCAGCUGAGCUGACUGAUGCAGAGAAUGGGAAACUCUUGAAACUUUUCCCUGAGGGCAAAGAGCUGACUGCCAGUGCUCUGCCUUCUGAUGGUUGACCAGAGAGAACUGCCAGCUGUUUCUAUGGGAACAAGGACUCAGCAUCCACUGGGACAGCACCUGCUCCUUCAGAUGGCUGCAGUAGUGUGGAAAACUCCGAUCGGACUUUGCAAUCCUGCUGAUGAUUUUAAUAAUGAGCUGAUCACUUUAAUAAAGAGCUGAAUAUUAAUAAAGGCAUAUGCCCUGUUCUUU